AUGUCUCAAUCGCUACGUCCAUACUUAACAGCAGUGCGUUACUCAUUGCAAGCUGCUUUGAAUCUAUCAAACUUCUCCUCUCAAGAAGUGGAAAGACACAACAGACCUGAGGUCGAAGUGGACAAUACAAGUGCAGAACUUCUAUUACAACCUAUGCAUAUCGCACGUAAUGAACACGAACAAGUUCUAAUCGAACCAAGUGUCAACUCCGUCCGUAUGAGUAUUAAAGUGAAACAAGCAGAUGAGAUUGAACAAAUUUUGGUACACAAAUUCACCAGUUUCCUCGAACAAAGAGCAGAGAAUUUUUACGUGCUAAGACGUGUCCCAGUGCCUGGGUAUAGUAUCUCUUUCUUGAUCACAAAUAAACACACCGAGACUAUGAUUACCGAGAAAUUGAUCGAAUUCAUCAUCGACUUCAUGGAAGAGGUCGACAAAGAAAUCUCUGAAAUGAAAUUGUUCUUGAACGCCAGAGCUAGAUUCGCAGCAGAAGCGUACUUGGAACAAUUCGUCUACUAG